CCAGGCGGAGGAACCAGAUCAGGAGGAGGAGGAGGCCAGUUGUGCUGAUGAAGUGGAAGAGCUGGUUUGGACUCUGGCAAGCGCCUUCUUCUCCUUCCUCCUCCUCUUUUUCUCUUUGCAAGAAGCUGCUCCCAGUUUCCUUGCUUGCUGGUUGUGCAAUCUCUUGGCUCUCAGCAGCAGCAGAAGACAAGGCAGCAGCCUGCUGGCUCCUGUUGCAGGAGUUGGUUGUUGUUGUUGUUGCUGCUGGGCUUUCCAGCCUCCUCCAGCUGUGAUCUCAGACCCGGUGUGACUCAGAGGCUUGCAAUCCUGAGACUGCAACGUGCGGUUGGUGGAGAGAGAGGGAGGAAUAAAUCAGGAUCUGCUGGGAGAGAAACAAAAAAAAAAAGGGGGAAAAAAAGAGACUGGGAUCUUCCCAACCAGGGAAGGAAUCCACUUGCAAGAGAAGAGGAUCUUUGGACCAAGUGAGGGAUCCAGUGGGGAGAAGGAGAGAGGCUGGAGAGAAAGGAGAAGGCAGUAGUGUCUUCUGUGCGCAACGUUGGCCCUCCCUGCAAGGAAACUUCCUGCUUGCCUCCUUUGGGAGGGCUCUGAUCCGCUUUUGCAGCCACUGGGAUUGGGGUCCCAGGUGAGAAGGAGGCCUGAGGACCCCUCUGGUGGGGCUUGGGAGCCUGGGAUGGAGGAGGAGGUUCUGAUUUUUACGGACGUCCGGUUCUUUUUGAGUUACACAGUAUAAAGUUUAGAGCCUGACAAUCUGUCUCUUGCAUCUCUACGUGUAUUAGACCAGUGGCCAGCGAGGGAGGCACGUUUUUGGACUAUCUUUAUAUUUAUCCAUCACUUUCUGCUUGAACACUAGCAAUGGGCUGGCUGUUGGUCUGAUUUCCACCCUCCACCCCGCAUCUUUUGAGGGAUAGACUAACCAUGAGUCUGCAGGCUCAGCAGAAGUCUUCAAAUAAGAGGGCUGGAAAACGGAUUGCUUUUUAUAAUGAACAAUCUGGUCUGCUGAAAGAAGCCCAACAGCCACAGCUGAAAGAAGGGCAAUACUACGGCCAUGUGGGGAAUAUGCCUGCUUCCCAAACAAUGGAGCUUUCCAAGUCAGGGGUCUUCAGUGGAGUUCCCAGCAACGCAGCUCUGCUGAAUUCUGUUUAUCAAGAGCGAGGUGAGGCCAGAAUGACUGCCCAGCAGUUGGCUACAGCCAAGUGGCAGAAUUCCUUGAUGGGAAAUCGGUUGCCUGAGCGGAGUGAGGCCAGUUGGCCACCUCCUCAGCCUGGAGGGUGGACUCAUGGGAUGGUUUAUGGAGGAGGCAGCCAGAAAGGGGGCCACCCGAACACUGGCAUCCCAGGUUUCUACAGCCAUCCAGAGACCCUGAAAAGAAACCGGGAGAAAAGUGCUGUGGUGUCACAGCUUAACAUGUAUGGAGAUGCCGUCCAGCAGAUGAUGUCUCAAAAAGUUCAGCUAGAACAGCAAGCACUGGUCCAUCAGCAAGCCCAGAUGAAUCGGUAUCAGCAAAUGCAGAAGCAACAGCAACAGAAUCAGAACCAGGCCCUCCCUUUGCAGCCUUUCCAGCUUGCCUUUGGUCAUCAGGGCCAAAAGCAGGGACUCCCUGAACUGUUGCAUGUCUUUCAGCAACCUCCCACUUCUUCGAGCCCAUCCUUUACUACCCAGCAAAAGCAACAAGCUCUUCCACAGCUGCAGCUGUUUGAGAAUUUCUAUCCACAGCAGCAGCAACAGCACCAUCAGCAGCAGCAACAACAACAACAGGCAUCUUCACAAGCCUUUGGCCUUCAGCAGUCUGCUGCUGUAGGACAAACUCAUGCAGCAGCACCACCUCCUCAGCACCAUAUGGUUCCCCAUCAAUUCCACUCUGUUCCUGAGAGGAACCAAGAGCUAUUGAAGGCCCUUACAGAGCAUAACCCACAGACUGUCCUACCCCAAGCCCAGAUCCCUCUCCCAAGAAGAUCACGGAGACUCUCCAAGGAAGGCAUCUUGCCAGCAUCUUCUGCAGAAGAUGCUUUGGCAUCAAAGAUAGCUGAGGAGUAUACCAGCAACAUGUUACCCCAUCACUGGCAAGCGCAACAGCAUCUGGAUGUCCAGUUUCACCAUCAGUCAGAAACAUUCAGUCACAAUAAGGAGGGUUACUCACAGCUAAACAGAGGAGAGGUGCAACAUGGAGAGCGGCCAGUGGGAGGUCACCCAAGCCAACCUGACAUGGAGAAAGUGGGUACAUACGAGAAUGCCAGAGAAGCAGAAAAGCAGAUGGCCAUCAAUGAAGGCCUUGUCCAGAGAGCUAAUGACUUUGCUGGAGUUAGAGGUGGUGUCAUCCAGAGCACACGGAGAAGGCGGCGUGUUUCUCAAGAAGCCAACUUGCUAACCCUGGCUCAGAAGGCUGUGGAGCUGGCCUCUCUUCAGAAUGUCAGAGAACAUGAAACUACAGAAGAGAAGAACAACAGUGAGGCAGUCGCAGCUGCGCCCAGGAGUGUUGUAGAGUUCGCCAGUUCUUCACCUGCCCCAAAGAGAGCCCGGGAGGACAGCAGCUUAGUGCCUCUUAUCAUUCCUGUGUCUGUUCCUGUGAGGAGAUUGGAUCUUCAAGAGAUUGGAAGGGAGAGGAGUGAGGACAGCAAGCACUUCAUGACCAAUGACCGGGGAGUCCUGGAAAGCAAGCCUUCUGUAAUCGUCACCCGGAGAAGGUCCAAUCGCAAUUUAAAUAUGGACACAACUGCUCAGAAUGAAGCUUCAAAAGAAGAAGCAGAAGGUUUUGCACGAAAGCCAAAGCAACGGCCAAGACCAGAACCUCUCUUCAUCCCACCUAAAGCUGGCACUUUCAUUGCUCCACCAGUCUAUUCCAAUAUCACACCAUACCAGAGCCAUUUACGCUCACCUGUCCGUUUGGCAGAUCACCCUUCUGACAGGAACUUUGAGCUACCUCCUUACACUCCUCCACCAAUACUGAGCCCUGUACGAGAGGGUUCAGGACUCUAUUUCAAUGCUAUCCUUUCUGCCAGUGGCAACUCAAUUCCACCUCCCAUAACUCCUAAAAGUGCACACAGGACUCUGCUCAGAUCAAAUAGUGCAGAAGUCACACCUCCUGUCCUCUCUGUAAUGGAAGAGUGUACUCCUGUCAGCAUUGAGCCACGGAUCAACGUGGGCCCUCGUUUUCAAGCUGAAAUUCCACUUCUUCGAGAUCGAUCCUUGGCAGCCUCUGACAAAGCCAAGGAGGAACUGGUGUGGCAGCCAUGGGAAGAACUGGAAACCAAUGCAUCUAUCCAGGAGAAUGUGGAGAACCUGAUAACUGCUGCUUGCUCAAGUAUAUUUCCUGGAGGUGGUACCAACCAAGAGCUGGCAUUUCACUGUUUACAUGAAGCGAAAGGAAACAUUCUGGUUGCUCUGACCAAACUGCUGCUAAAGAAGUCUGUGCGGUCACCCAAGCACCCGCUGGCAGACUAUCACUACACAGGGUCAGAUAAGUGGACUGCAGUUGAGAAAAAGCUGUUCAAUAAAGGAAUUGCCAUCUACAAGAAGGACUUCUUCCUGGUUCAGAAACUUAUAAAAACCAAGACUGUGGCACAGUGCGUCGAGUUCUAUUAUACUUAUAAAAAGCAAGUUAAAAUAGGUCGGAAUGGGACCUUAAUCUUUGGAGAUGUUGAUUUAGCCAGUGAAAAAACGGUUAAAGACGAAGCUGAAGUAGAUAUAAAGAGUUCCCAUAGGCUUACCCGUACUCUUCCUCCCAGAACAUACAAUGAAGAUUAUGAAAACACUGAAGAUGAGGAUGAUGAAGGGGAAGUGGAGAAUACGUUGGUUAUAAAAGAGGAAGUGGUAGAGGGAAAUGAGUCACAUGACAAGAACAGCAACCCUGUGCUUCCUAAACCCACACAGACUCUACACACAGAGGACCAGGCUAGUGGCCUCCUUACAGAAAGACACCAGGAUCCAGGUGCUCCAAAAGGGGCAGAAUCCAGAGGUAGAGCCUCAAGGAGGACAAAAGAAACACCUGUGAAAUAUCGUAAGACUUCACCUCCUGUGCAGAAGAAAAGAAGAAAGCCAAAACCCAAACAAGAGGUUGCCAACAAAACCCAGAACCAAGAGGAGGAAUACCCUUGUAAAAAAUGUGGCAGAAUCUUCUACAAGGUGAAAAGCCGCAGCGCUCAUAUGAAAAGCCAUGCCGAGCAGGAGAAAAAGGCAGCUGCUCUGAAGCAGCGAGAGAAGGAAGAGGCAGAAGCGGCGGCAGCAGCGGCAGCAGCAACAUUGGCAGCUCAGGACCAGGCUCAGCAUGAGGAGAGCAGUGGGAGCAGCAGUGGGAGCAGUAGCAACAGCAGCAGCUCAGAUGAAGAUGGUGAGGUCUAGCAAAGGCUGUGCAGCAGUCAAGGCCAAAGUCUCGGAUCCUUGGGAUACAUUUCUGUCAAUUGCCUGCAAUGUUCCUCGCUGAAAGAAGACUACAGCCCCCUUGCUUCCACUUCUUUCCUCGCCAUGCCGGCACAGACUGGCUGGAACUGGUGGAUUGUAAAAGAAAAGGUGUGACCUUGAAAUUUAUAUUUUUUUAAAGGAAACCAAAAUUUUAUGAAUCACUUUAUUUAUAAAUGACUGCUUCAGUAUCUAAUUAUGGAAUGGAAUUCAGUUUUCCUUUGAUUCAAACUACCCUUCCUUGUGGUUGCUAAGAAUCAUGAUAAUAAGCCUGGAAGUCUAAAUGUGAAAGAGAUCAGCUGAGGCAUCCAGAUGUUGAUGCAAGUCACUUCAAGGAUUUUCCUGUGUAACUUCAGGAAUCUAUAAUGUUUACUUUGACUGCUUUCUUUUCCUUCUCCCCAAGUUUUUUUUUAAAUUAUUAUUAUGCAACACUCAUUUACAGUCUCACUUCUUUUAAUUAGGGCUACAACUAGCAUAUCUUUUCUGUCUGUCCAAUCAUACAAGCAUUAAUUUUCUGAAGCAGGUAGGUGUCCAGGAAAGUGUGGUGGUGAUCAAUGAGCUCUCUUUCUAGGAUGACUGGGGAGAACAACCUUUUCAAAGACUUGUUAAAAAUGCAAAAUUAUAUAAAAACCCAAUAGUAAUUCAGUGUUAGAGCUGGCCUUCGUUGUUGAAUUUUUAAAAUGACAUAGUGAGCUAUACAAAUGGAAGUGCAGGCUGUUAGUGAGAGCUGAACUACUGAGAUGCUUCUAGCUCAGUGGUAGAGCAAAUACUUGCUUAUACAGGCAUUAUCAUUGGCAUUGUCAAUGAAAAAGAUCUUGGGUAAAUGGAUUUGGGAUAGAUGUCUGCCCAAGACUUUCGAGAGCCACUGACAAUCUGUGCAGCUAGAUAAUGGGUUACAGGAACCAAUGGUCUGACUGUGUCAUGCGGCUUUACAAUCAACUGUCACAGCUACUGUGAAAUAUAUGCCAGGAAGAUAAUGUGGAGAUGGAGUGAUAUUGUGUUACUCUGAUCCCAAAAAACCUGGGCCUGGUCUUGUUGUGUGCCUUCAAGUUGUUUCCGACUUCUGGUAACCUUCAGGCAAAGCUGUCAUGGGCUUUUCUUGGCAAGAUUUGUUCAGAAAAGGUUUGUCAUUGCCUUCCCCAGAGGGUGAGAGUGUGUGACUUGCCCAAGAGUGGGAUUUAUGACCAAGCUGAGAAUCAAACCCUGAUCUCCAGAGUCAUAGUUCAGUUCUCAAACCAUUAUGCCACACUGGCUCUCAGGACUCUUAUUUUCAUUUUAUCUCAUAUCCAGUCCUUUUUACAUAUCCCAUAAAAUAAUAACUAUCCCAGGAAUUUUAAUUAUUUUAAAAGUUUUAAAACUUUGUGGGUCACCCCCACCCCCACCCCCCCCCCCUUUUUUUUUUUUUUUUACAAAGAUGAUUUUGAAAUAAUGACUGAAAAUACUGAGGAUAAUUUGAUUGAAUUCAGAACAUAUAUUUUUCUCAUUCAGCGGUUUCAUGUAAAUGUUGAACAGCAUAGGAGACAGGAUGGCGCCCUGGGAGAUGUCACAUUUUAGCUCUCUUUUAGAAGAGCAACUGUCUUCCCAACGCCACAAUCUGGAAUCUGCCAGAGAGAUAGGAAUGGAAUCACUGCAAAGCAGUGCCUCCAAUUCCCAAUUCUCUCAGAUGUUCCAGAAGGAUACCAUAGUCAAUGGUAUCGAAGGCUGCUAAGGUUGAACCAGAUGCAGAUAGAACACUUAAACUGAAAUGUAAACAUCAAUAAUAGAGCCUUGUAUGUUCAUGAGUAUUUUAAACUAAAAUCAAAGGCAUGGUUGGGGAAUGCAUGAUCCUCCAGAUUUUGUUGGACUAAACUCAUCAGCCCAUGCCAACAUAGCCAGUGGUUUGGAAAGAUGGGAGUUACAAUCCAACAAAAUCUAAGGAGACACAUAUCCUCCAGCCUUGGUCUAAACAUUGGCUAAGAUGCUCAGUAGCUUCUUGGGCAAGAAAAUUGUGAAUUCUCAAGGUAUCCAGGAUGAGAGUGGAUUGUGGAUAACCAUUCCAGAACAUGCAGAUCUAGAACUGCAGUCAUACAAAUGUAAAUACAUUGAAUUGCAUAUUUCAGUUGUCAAAGUUUAGGCUGUUUCAUUUUAUUAUUUUAUUUUUUGGCAGGUGUGUGUGUUAAAAAUAAAUGUGCACUAGAGCACUGGGAGAGAAGGAAGCAUGUUACUGCAACCUAUUAGCAAAUAGAAGACUGUCUAGGAAGAUGAUAACUAAAUUGAAUUUACCCAUUCCUGGCAUGGAAUAGAUUUUCUGGCGCUGAGCAGGCAGAGUAUUUUCUUGAAGUAGAAAGGCAUGUGGGGAGCAGUUUGCAAAACGUUUAUUUCAGGAUAGGUGAUUGUCUUCUCAUUGUAAUCACAGUCUGGCACAAAGCACUUUGGACUUUAUUUUGUGGGUACAGAAAGAAAAGAAUGGCCUCUAUAAGCAUUACUUUUAAAAUGUCUGUUGAUACAAAAAAUACUAACAAUGCUUCAGUAAGUCUCCUCAUCAAUUAAGCUUUGCAGUAAGUGACAUAAAAUUGCGUAGUGUGCGAUCAUAGCAGGAUGGAAAAUACUUUUUUAAUGUGGGCUGAUUGUGAUAUGUAUCAGCUUUAAGAGCAAAGUCCAGUCAAAUUAGUCUCAUAACUGUCUCCUGUUUGAAAAAAUAGGAAAUCGUCUGUUGCAAGUCUUGAUUUUUAAGUCCUAUUCCAUUAUAUUUAUUGGGACUUGGUUGCAGUUCGGUCAUUCAGGAGUGGGGAGAAGAACUGGAUUUCUUUACUGUCUCCUGGUUCAUACCUUCCUUUCAUGGAUAGCCUGUAUGUUUGUGUGUGUGUGCGCGCGCAAUUGUACCCACUGGCCUUACAUCCCCUGCACUGUUUGGUCCCAGUUUCAGUUUAGUAUGAGAACAGUGUGUAUUUGGGCAAAUAGGAACAGUAUGUUUGAUGGGAAUCCUAGUGCAACCAGAGGUCAUAGUUGUGUUCACAGAGAUGGAAAUACUACAGCACUCAGAAUCCCCCAGCAGCAUAUCCAGGAGGGAUUCUGGGAGUUGUAUUCCAAAAACAUAACUCUUCUCAGGUUAGUUUAAGGCCCAAGCAGAUCGGAAGGUGGAGCCAGCAUUUCCCUUCUUCCUCAUCCUUCACAUAAAUUAUACAAAUUGAUUUGGAUAGUUAGAAGGAAAUAAACAGGAAACAACCAGGGUCUUCUUGUCUAGAAUACUGGCCUUCAGCUGUGGGUUUGAAUCUCUCUAAGUCAUAGCCCAACUCAAGAUGAGUUGCAAUGCUCACACUACCACCAUACAGGGUCAAAAUGCAUAAUAAGCCUAAAGCCUGAAAAAUUAGAAUGUAUUCACUCCAGUCCUGGCUAGAAAAUUGCUUGUAUCAUCUUGAUUUCUAGGUAUAACAUACAUGUCUUUGAAUUGCUUAGCCACAUUUUAAACGACUUCUUUGCCUUGAAGUCUUAACUUCUAUGGUUUAGGUUUCUGCUUAUGGUAUAUUAAAGUUCAUACAUUUGUUGUGGUGUCCAUUCAAGUCGUUUAUGACUUAUGGCGAUCCUAAGGCGAAGCUAUCACUGCAUUUUCUGGGGCUGAGAGUGUGUGACUUUCCUAAAGUCACCUGAGGGUUUCCAUGGUGGAGCGGGUAAUCAAAUCCUGAUUUCCUGAGUUCAAGUCCUACAGUCAAACCAUACACCAUGCUGGCUCUCCAGUUCACACAUAUUUUGUUGUUAUUAUUAAUUUUUGUCAUUAGUCUGCAAUUUCUCGUUUCUAGAGCAGUGCUGCUUAAGCUAUUUGAUGAAAUGGCAGGAUUUCCAGACACACCGCAACAUGCCAGAAACCAGUACUGUGUUGUGAAGUUGAAGGCUUUCACGGCUGGCAUCCGUAGUUUUUUGUGGGGUUUUGGGGCUAUGAAGCCCUGUUCUAGAACACUGUAUUUGUGCCCAUUGGCUACAACUGUUUAUUUCGUUCCUGGAAACUCACCAUGGACCAUCAGCCAAUAGCUCAUGGACCAAGAGUGGUCAGAAGACCGCCACUGAGUACUGUGUAGACUAACUUCAGGCUCCAUUGUAUUGUCAAUAAAGUCAAUAAAGCUAUUAAUUCUCCCCCCCCCCCCUUAUGUCCCUUCGGAUGAGAGAAAGUUAGACUUCUGCCCACAAUAUUUACUUGCAAAAACAUCUGUUAUUUUAGUAAUUUGUAGCACACCUGAAAAAUGUGUUUGUGUGUGUAUUCUGUCAGUCUAACUACUUAGGUUAAAUUUAGAUUUAAUAGGCAUGAUUAAAAUUUAACCCCUUCCCUGCUAAAGAUCAAACAUGCAGUCAGUUAACAGUCUUUGAAAUGCAUGGCUCAGCUUGCUUAAAAGCCUGCCUGUUGCUCUUGUAAUAUGCAGCCUCAUUUGAGAAAGCACUUAAUUUUGAAACAUACUUAUGAAAACUGUAUGAAAUGACAAGAUUCACAUCUGUUGUAGUUUCCUAAUAUGUUGCAGCUCAGCUACAUGUUCCAGCGUGACACUGAGUACAACUGUAUUUAAGGUUCUUGCAGGGAGCUGAUAAAGCACAUGCAUUGUUCUUUAUGGUUGGAUUACUCUAUAUUGAAAGAUAAUCCAAAUGGACACACAAAUGAGGUAACCAGAUUGUUUUUUGGCUGAACUGUAUUCACAGUGCAUCACUUGAGCCAAUACGAAUGAGUUUCAUAGCACACUUAACAACAGCGCAGUCCUCUGCACAUCUCCUCAGAAAUCGGUUCCUAUGGAGUUUUUCCUGAUGCCAAUAAGACCUCACAUUGCCAGUUUUCAUGGUGGAUUUAUUUAGCUGUUAAUUGGCCUAAUCCACAAAUUACUGGUCUUUAAUUCCCCCAGCUCCAGUAUAUAGAAAAGAGAUACUGGACAUACAAGAAGCACACUCAAGUGUGUCUAAAAGUGAUCCUUCUGGUGUUUAAUCUUUUUCUGCCCUUUCCUCAAGUGCAUGCUUGUGCAAAUAUAGUCUCCUGGUAGGGACUUUCAGAAGAGUUUGGUGUCUUUGGAGGAGAUAGAAACAGCACACAUGUGUCUGCUUUCUUGUCAGAUGAUCUGAAAACUCUCCACUUGGGUUCAGCUGUUUGUUUCAUCCCCUCUCUGUGUUGCUGUGUUUGAGCUGAAAUCCUUUGGGCACUGAGGAUUGUGCAACUUCUAUUCAUUUUUGAAGGCUGCUUGGGAUGCCUGCCCAAACUGUCUGGAGAGGAGCGACUUCCCUUGACCUAAGUGCCACCUGCUUAUCUUUCCGCCUCCGCCUCCCCCCAUAUUUUCUGGAACGUGGGAUUUACAAAUCAACAGCUGAACCUAUAAAGACUCCCAGCUGCUUCGCUCAGAAAGAAGCGAAUUUAUACGUUUGUAAAGAUGUCAUUGUGUGUUGGAUUUUUUAAAAAAUUGUGAUGUUUUUAAAAAAGAAACUCUCUUUUUCUUUUUGUAUGUUUUGAGUUUUUGUGAUGGUUCUCCUGAAGCUCAGAUUUGGUACAAGUGGGCUUUCCUUGAGUCUGUUUAAUUUGUAUUGCUGAACGUUUCUGGUCUACUGUACAGAACUAUCUAUCUACUUGUAAUUAUUUGUAUAAAUGCCUUUAUUAAAAUAUAGAGCUUUUAUUUUAACAAACAAGCAGGAACUGCCUCUUGUGUAUUUGCUGCACUUUUUAAAAAAAACAAAGACUGUUACGUGUUAUAAUAUUGUACAUAUGAAAGUCUUAUAUACCUCUUGUGUACAGAUAUGUGAUAGACAAGACAAUUUAUUUUUGUGCUUUUUUUUUACAAAAUAUUAAUACACUAAAAAUCUUGCUGAUGUGAUUUAAUGUACUCAUGUAACUUAUUUACUUCUGGAUGUUCCAUUUUAUCUUUUUAAACCUUUUUAAAAAAUAAAUAAGGUUUAAAAGCAA